CCAGCACACUUCCACUGCCUACAACUUCCCUAGACUCUGUAGAAGAUCCAGCAUUUGCCAUUUUAACCCAGACCAACACUGCCGACUUUCUACUCUUCAACACCCACAAUAGCACAGACCAAUACACCAUGGGAAAUGAAACCACAGACUACACCAACGGGCCAAUGACAACAGAAUUUGACUAUGGUGAUUCCACACCAUGCAUGGGAACAGAGGAAAAGCACUUUGCAGCAAAAUUUUUGCCACCUCUUUAUUCUCUGGUGGUGAUAUUUGGCCUGACAGGCAACAUGCUUGUUGUCCUUAUCCUGGUAAAAUACAAGAGGCUGAAGAGCAUGACUGACAUCUACCUGCUCAACUUGGCAAUUUCUGAUCUGCUGUUCGUAUUUUCUCUCCCUUUUUGGGCUUAUUAUGCAGUCCAUGACUGGAUUUUUGGGGAGGCGCUCUGUCGAAUUCUGUCAGGUGUCUACCUCCUUGGCUUCUACAGUGGCAUCUUUUUCAUAAUCCUGCUGACCCUGGACAGGUACCUGGCCAUAGUGCAUGCGGUGUUUGCUUUGAAAGCCAGGACAGUUACCUACGGUGUCCUCACCAGCGUCGUCACGUGGGCUGUUGCUGUUUUGUCUUCUGUUCCUGGGGUAGUAUUUCACAAAACUCAGAAGGAAAGUUCAGGCUAUACUUGCAGUGCUCAUUAUCCAAGUGAAUCCACAAUAAAUUGGAAGUACUCUUCUAUUUUAAAGAUGAACAUUCUGGGACUUACUGUUCCAAUGCUCAUUAUGAUUUUCAGUUACUCACAAAUUCUAAAAACGUUAUGGAGAUCUAAGAAUGAAAAAAAACAGAAGGCAGUCAGACUUAUUUUUGUAAUCAUGAUUUUUUACUUCAUCUUCUGGACACCAUUCCAUAUUUCUUCUUUUUUGCAUACAUUUCAAGAUUCACUUUUCAUCCCAAAUUGUGAACUUAAAGGUCAACUGGAGAAAGCAAUUCAAGUGACAGAAACAAUCUCAAUGAUCCAUUGUUGUAUCAACCCUGUGAUUUAUGUGUUUGUUGGAGAAAAGUUUAGGGCAUAUCUUUGCGCCUUUUUCCGAAAGCAUGUCGCACCUUACCUUUGCAAAAAAUGUCCAAGUCUGUAUCGUGAAAAGUUGGAAAGGGUCAGUUCCACAUUCACACAAUCCACUGCGGAGCAUGACAUCUCUACUGGACUGUAAAAAUACAUCAGAAUAUUAGUUAGCAAAUUUUGCAUUGCUUGCUUUGCCUUAAGGAGUGUUUGACACGAUUUAAGAUCCUUAUGUCAACCACUACUGAAAACUGUAUGACCCCCUAUUCUUGUGGUCAACUGUUCCCUGGGAUUACAGCAUUUUCCAUUGCUAAACUAAGAGAAUCAAUGAGCUCUCCAGGAAACAUUAACUGUAUAUCUGGGUCACAUCAGGAUUAAAACAGGUCCCAGAAAAUAUGAUCAUGCAUUUUUACAAAAAUCUGUCCACUGAGGUUUACUGAGGGGGGGAAAACAAUAUUGAAAAUCUAAGGGGUAAUAGGUCAUUUCACAAGAUCUUACUGGGACCAUUUAACCCAAAAAUUUUCCUCUUUUGCUAAUAGUGCAGUCAUUUUUAAAUAAAAUCCUUUAACAGCUAUAACUAAGUUAUAGCAUUUUGAUUUUUGCUUUUUAAUUUUAUGUCUGCCAUAUCACCAUUCAGUUGCUGACUUUUUUCAAAGUGUGGUUUUAAUCAGUAACAUCGUGAUUUUUGUGGGUGCAAUUCUUCAAGCAACUGCACACACCAAGUUUACUGACUGCACAACAAGACAAUGAUGCACUCCUAAAAAGUGUGAGCUUGUUUCUGACAAGUCAUAUCCCUCCAAGAAAUAAAAAAAAAAAACAAAAAAAACCAAAAAAAACCAAACACCCUAAACCAAUAAAGGCCCUUCAGCAAAGAUCUGCAAGACCAGAAUGAAAAUUACCUUGGUAUGUGCUAUGCAAGUUUCUGUAUGAGCAAAAUAUCAGGACCCUCUGAAGGAUGUGAGCACAGUACUGAGAGCAGGCCUUCCUAGUUCUGGACAGGUAAAUCAUGUGCAGAAAAAGAGUUUACACAGCAACAUAUGACACUGGUGUGUCAGGUUAGGCUCCUGCAUGGGAAAAACAUGCUCUUCACACACACAGAAAGUCUGACUUUUGGGAUACACUUCUUGGAAGACAGUGGCCUUGGAACUGCAAAAUCAGCCAAUUCCAGACAAGGCAUACCUUCCUGCCUUCCCAAGAGAAGAGUGCCUCUAGCCAAUUGGUGCCUCAAUGAGAAGUGCAUGCUGAUUGAAAACUUAAGACUGUUGGCCUACUGGUGUACGAUGGCCAUAUAUUUAUUCCACUAUUGAGAGUUUCCCUGUAAAAGAAAGGAAUUUUAGGGACAUGGGUUAGCAAAGAAGAGGAAGAAGGAGCAUAGCAGACAAUUUCCUACUUCAAACCGUAAAGAAGUGCAGGUGAGCUCUCCUUAUGCAAGCAAGCUGUCCUUCUGUUUUUUUCCCCAUUUCCUGGGGCACUGGAGAGAAAGGGCACUGCUCAUGCAUGCAAGGACCUGCUCAUGGAAAUCUGGGGGGCAGGUUCAACUAACCUCCAGUAAAGACACCAGAAGGAAUUCCACUGUACUUAAGGUCAGGCAUGUGAUACAGAUGCCUGAAUUAACCACAAAUCUAUUCAAGAUCCCUCAGUGGUCAGUAGAGAAUAAGUGCCUGAGCCAGAAGCAGUCAUGGGAUUUAGUCUCAGGGCAAGAUUAACUGUCCAACUGAGGAAGGAACCUGAAAAUGUCAGCCUCAUAAUUUGGGUAUCAGAUGCCUUAAUCUAGGUGGUGCAAAUAUUCUUCUUCCUCUUGCCUUAAAAUGCCUGGGCACUGCUUCUGUUUGUUAGCUCUUCUCCCAUCAGCUACUGUAACCUUGUUAGGUUAAUAGCCGCAGAUAGACUACACAAAAGACCAAAAACUACCCUCACAGUAAACUUUCUGUCUUAAAAAGAAUAGUUUUCCUUUCUUUUCUACUUUCUUUACUGAAACAAUGUGAAAGCGCCUUUAUCAUUUUCAAGCAUAAAUUAGUUCAGUGCAAUACAAAUCCUGCUAUAACGGUCAUAUUUCAACUGCUGUGUUUAACUGUAAAUCCUUAUCUUGUUGGAAUUAAAUUUCUUCCUGUUUUCAUGUUAAUGCAGUGAAAUUAAUAAAAUCAGUGU